UAUCGACACGACAGUCACAGAUGAAGAGGAGGCGGGAAAUAGAGAAAGAGAUUGAAGAAGAGGGAUAACAAUAUAACAUGGACGCCGAUGAUGCUUGGGAAGCUCUAGAUGUCGAUGAUUCUGAUCUUGUUUCUCUUCUAAGACCUUCCACUCUUCUUCCUUGCAAACGCCCUCUUCCUCCUCCUCCUUCACAACAAAACCCUAACAAGACUAGAGACAACACUAUCUUUCCCUCUCUUCGACCAUGCUCUCAACCCCAAACCCAGAAAAGGGAUGAUCUUCCAUCGACUAGUAAUCGUCGUCUAAUUCCGGGUCCAGCCGGGUUACUCCAGGCUACUAUGUAUCGAAAAGCUAGGGAUAAUCGAAGUGGGGAAGAUCAAAUUCCGACUCAGGAAUUUAUAAGAAGGAUGAAUGGAGAAGAAGAUGAGGGUGAAAAUGAUCCUGAUUUCAAACGAAACCCAUGGCUUUGUGCUGUUGAAUUCGAUGUGGGUUUUGAAGAGGGUAAAUCAAACUUGGGUUCAAUCAAGAAUUGUUUAAGCAACAGAAGAGUUUCUUUGGUUAUUGCGAUGGUUAAAUCCUGUAAACCCAAUGGUCUUGGUGAUAUAAGUUUAACCCUAAAGGAUCCUACAGGUACUAUUGGUGCUAAUGUCCAUCGAAAAGUUACAGAAAGUGAGUAUGGAAAAGAUAUCUCGGUUGGAUCUGUAUUAAUUCUCAAGCAGAUUGUUCUAUUCUCGCCUUCCCAUACGGGGCAUUAUCUCAACAUCACACUCCCGAAUGUGGUCAAGGUUAUUCCCAAGGACUACGGUGGACCUCCAAUAAAAGGGUUUUCAGUAUCUGAAGUUAAUUCUGCCUAUCCCAUUGAUGAAUGUAACAGGACUAGGUCAGAGAUGGCCGAUAAGGUGUCAUUUGCGAGAUCAGGAGCAACAGAAAGAUUUACGAGUGAGGUACCUAGACAAUAUAGAAACAAAGAACUGUUAGUAGAUGAUGUUGUUGAUAAUAGAAGACAGCUGGAAGAAAGCAUAGCAGCAAGAGGGAACUCUCAACGAGGUAGUAAUUAUAAAUCUGCAGCAGAGAUAAUAACCCAAUUGGUGGAGCAUUCAGUAACAAAUCAAGCUACACAGUUGACAGUUAGAGGGGGAGAUACGGAAAAUGAGGAACGUAUAAUGGAUGUAGAUGACAACUGUUCAAAAGAUCGUGCUCCACUGGAAAACUUCAACUGCACAAGCAAUACACUGCAGCAUAUGUCCACUGCAAGAGAAAGCGAGGGAAAAGCUGAAUCUAAGAAGCCAACAACUUCACUCCCUGAAUGGACAGAUGAACAGCUUGAUGAGCUUUUUAAUGCCUAUAGUGAUGACGGUGAUACCUUUCUGUAGACAGUUUAUUUCCUUCGCUAUUGCCAUUUUUGUUUGUAAAUGUAUGUUUGGUUCUUUUUCUUGUUUCUGAACAACUUUAGUAGCAUAAGAUUGUCGCGCCAGAUAAUCUUGGAACUGACACUUGUGCAUUUUGGCGAAAUUCGCUUGUACUAGUUUUGCACAUCUGAGAAAGCAACAAAUGGAAAUGGAAAAGAAAUUCACCA